GGGGAGAGUGGGGAGCGUUUUGUGCUUUAAAAGAAGAGCUCUUCGAUAUUGGUCUAGUCAACAACCCACUAUGCCGCUCCCUGUUGCACUGCAGACCUGCUUGGCGAAGGGGGGCAUCCUCAAACAUCUGGAGCCCGAGCCAGAGGAAGAGAUCAUUGCCGAGGAUUAUGAUGAUGACCCUGGCGACUAUGAGGCCACCCGGUUAGAGGGUCUGCCACCGAGCUGGUACAAGGUGUUUGACCCUUCUUGUGGACUCCCUUACUACUGGAAUGUGGAGACAGCUCUCGUGUCAUGGCUCUCACCACAUGACCCCAACUUCGUUGUUUCCAAAUCUGCCAAGAAACUCAGAAACAGUAAUGCAGAUGCUGAGGAUAAGUUGGACUGGAAUCAUGAGAAGCUGGACAGAAAUCAUGAGAAGGCAGACCGGGAUGGAGAGCGGAGCUAUGACAAAGUGGGGGGGGGGGGGAGAGAGAGAGAGAGAGAGAGAGAGAGAGAGAGAGAGAGAGAGAGAGAGAGAGAGAGAGAGAGAGAGAGAGAGAGAGAGAGAGAGAUAUCGGACAAGGAAGAUGGCAAAGACCGUCGCCACCAUCGCAGAGAGGAACUGGCUCCUUACCCCAAGAGCAAGAAGGCGGUGAGCCGGAAAGAUGAAGAAUUAGACCCCAUGGACCCGAGCUCAUACUCAGAUGCACCCCAGGGCACAUGGUCAACAGGAUGACUACCCAAGAGGAAUGAGGCCAAGACAGGGGCAGACACGACACCCCUCUUCCAGCAGCGCCCCUCCCCCUCCCCAGGGGCUGUGCUCCGGGCUAAUGCUGAGGCCUCCCAAACCAAGCAGCAGGACUGAACCUUUGUUCCCUGCAGCUUUGGCAGUUUGCCUUUCUGUCUUUCUUCCUUGUGGCUCUGGAGAUAGGGCCCAAAGCUUUGCAUAGACUGAAUAAUUAUUUCACAAAUAAGCUAUACUC